CCCAGAAACCGUCCCAACGUUAUACCAAAAGCUCCUCCCGCCUCCGACUGUCGUGGGUGUAGAUCGAAGCUCCAGUGACUGCGCGGUUAUGGAGAAACCUUUGGUGGCGCUUGAUAAAGGCACCAUCUGCUCGUCGUGGAACUACUCCGGCCAGAGAUUAGCCAGUGGUUCCGUCGACGGAACCCUCGCCAUCUUCGACUCACGCGACUCUUGUUCUUCGUCCUUCUCCUGCACCUCAAAAUCCAAGGUGCACGAGGCUGCUGGAAUUGUGAAAAUUGCUUGGGUUCCACCGGAAUUCGGCGAUGCAGUGGCGUGUGUAUGUGCAGAUGGGACUUUAUCAUUGUGGGAGGAAGUUGCUGAAGAUGCUCCUCUUCAAUGGAAGCUGUGCACAAGCUUUAAUAGCGGUUCAGCUCAACUGCUAGAUACCCAAUUUGGAGUCUCACCGGCAGGUUUAAAAAUGGUUACUGCAUAUUCAGAUGCCCGUGUCAAGGUCUAUGAGCUACUGGAUCCCUUGGAACUGAAGAAUUGGCAGCUUCAGGCUGAAUUUCAGAAUGUUAUUGAUUCGGUGUCUACAGUUGGCCAUGCCAUAUGCUUAUCUGCAUCUAUAUCUUGGAAUCCACAAAGAGGAGAAAGCCAGGAAUCAAGUUUUGUUUUGGGUUUCAAUUCAAACACACCACAACUUAAUUCCGCCAAGGUAUGGGAAUUUGAUCAGGCUCAUCAAAGAUGGCUCCCAGUUGCAGAGUUGGUUUCGCCUGUUGACAAUGGUGAUCAGGUCUAUGCAGUUGCAUGGGCACCGAACAUUGGAAGGCCAUAUGAGGUGAUUGCUGUUGCCACUCACAAGGGAAUAUCAAUAUGGCAUCUUGGGUUAAACCCUGACUUGGAUGGAAGGCUCUCAUUGGAGAAGAUUGCACAACUUUCAGGUCACAAUGGCGAGGUCUGGCAGAUGGAAUGGGACAUGAGUGGAAUGACAUUGGCAACCACCGGAAAUGAUGGGGCUGUACGGUUGUGGCAGUCUAGUUUGAACGGAGUUUGGCAUGAAGAGGCUACUUUUGAACCCACUUCGUAGUCCCUCUGGUUUUACAUGUUACUGUGCCAACUAACUGUUUGAACAUUAUUGAUUGUAACUAUACAUUUUGGUUCAGAUUAUUCAAAAUUGAAAUUCGAUGUGGGGAUCAUUUUCGCUUUGGGCUGUCCCUUUUA